AGCACUUUCACAAUAGUCUUGUCUAGGCAGAACUAGGCCGUCCCCCCUUUAUCUGGACUGUGCUGCAAUUGUUUGACAGCCGCAAACACAGACGGACCAGGAGGAAACUGCAGGCAGGCAGAGAGUGGGACCAAGCUGACGCAAAAUGGUUUUAGUAACACCGGUGCUGUUGCUGCUGCUGUCUUGGGUAUCGCUGCAAGCUGUCGCAGAGAUUUGCCGGGGGACGCACUGCUACGGCGCGCAGACCGGCGAUCCACGACCGUGCACCGGAGCGCACUGUCCGGGGAGCAGAUCCUCCAGACCGCCGCGGCAGUUUAACCCGACAACGCAGGGGAGAGCGGCGCAGAUAGUUGCCAGCCAGCACCAUGCGCACCCGAGCUCUCCAAGAGCAGCGUCGGAAGCCUAUUCGGCCGGCCAGCCCCUUCGCGGGCGGCACGGGGACAGCAGCAGCGCCGCACGGAUAAGAGCGCUUGAAGUUUUUCCUGCGGGGUGCACCGACGUGGACUGCGCCGCUCCUGCGAAACAAUUUCAGCCCACUAAUGACACCCGAGACUGCAGAGGGAUCGAGUGCAGACUGCCACUGAGGAUACGGCCAAAAUCUCGAGCGAAGUCGUGUGUGGGAGAGGGAUGUCUGGCCGGUUCAGAGGAGAGCGUCUCCUCUGCCGCCGCCAGCCAGCUUCCUCCAGUCCAUCUGUCCGACAGAGCCGCACAGUUUCUGGGAGAUUUUCCGGAGCUUGGAUAUCCGUCGCCGGAACUUGGCGGCGCGCCUUUGGGUGUCCAGCUCACAUGUGACAUCAAGCCAGGGGAGAAUGAAGUCCCCUCAGAAGACGCCCUCAUCCUUCACCUCCAGCUGGCCAAAGGGCAGGAGAAGCUGGUGGAGGCCAUGAGAGCCCAGCAGGUGGUCAUCCGCGACCUGCAGCAGAAGCUCGCGGACCAACAGGAGGCGCUACUGUCCCAGCAGAGGGAGAUCCUGGAUCAGCAGCGGCGCAUGUAUGAGCAGAUGGACGUGGUAAAGGCGCAGUACGGCCUCCUCUCAGACACCGUCAAACAGGUUUCCUUCCAGGGCCUGCAGGGUGAGCUGCAGAACUACUUCGAGAGCCACCUGGCGGGUCUGCAGAGCCAGGCCCGCAGCCACCUGCAGAAGUCCUACGCCGUCCACAAAAUGGACAUGGACACGAAGGUGAUGGAUGUGGUCGGAGAGGCUCAUUUUCCUCAACCUCUGCUGGGAUGCCCUUCGCCCUGCGGGCAGGAGGAGUUCUGUGAUUUUCAGAGGGAUCCACCUCAGUGUGAGAAGUGCACCAUGUGUCCACCGGGCUUCUUUCUGAUCUCACAGUGUUCUCCUACUGCAGACAGGAUGUGCCAGGACAGAGAUGAAUGCCUUGAAUUACCAAGCAUUUGUGGAGAGCGAGUGAAGUGCCUUAAUACUCCAGGUGGGUUCAGGUGUCUUGGCGUCUCUGAGAGAGAAGCAGUGAUGGGCUUGUGUGGCCAUGACUACUUCUACAACCAGGAGCUGCAGGAGUGCCAGGCCUGCUCGGACUGCGAUGGAGCGCCGGUCACCGCUCCCUGCACGGCUAUCAGUGACGCUGUCUGCGGGCAGCCUUCAGAGAGCCGACUCUCCCAGUCUUGGGGGGCCAACGUGGUAAUUCCCCAUGCACGCACCGCUGGCACACACAUCUUCCCCGGGCUGCAACUAAACAUCCGAGGCAAAGAAAUCACUGAUCUGCUGUCCAACGAGGCAGGGCAGGUGACGUUCCUGCAGCACGGCCUGGUGUGGUUGGAUCACAACUUUGCGAUAAAGCACAGCUGCAGGAACUUCCUUCAGGUGGGAAUGAGGCUCAAUGGGAGCCAGGAGGAGGAGGGUCGGGACCUCAGUGGUGUUCGCAUUGAACAGCCGGAUGGGAAGUACUUCCAGGGUGUCAGCGUCAGCAGUGGAGUUGAGGUGGAGCCUAACCACACCUUCACCCUGCUGCUGAAGAGUCCGAAUCAACACUGCAACCAGAGCAAGGAUCUUCACGUCUACGAUGUCAUCACUCCCUCUUUCAGCCUGCUCUGGUUGUCGCACGAUACCGGGGCCGUAGCCAUGACGGCUCAGAUGUCCCUGUUGGCGCACUACCAGACCAGCUACCGCCCAACUUUCCGCAUGACUUCAGUCUCUGACCCGUAUAUGAUCAUUCUAACCCACGACAACCGCGGCGUGCGCUUCACAGAAAGCGGUGUUGUGAAGUUUGUCCUGCAGCAGGCGCUUUACUCCAUGGGCCACACCUGCAUUCGAGAGGGUUUCUCCCUUAUUUCCUACACUAACCGCAACGGGACUGGCCAGGAGGCGAUGCAGGCCUUCAAGACGGGCGUCAACUACAGGGACACCUCCAUCACCCUCUCUGGCGCUGUGAGCGUGGACAGCGGGGACACGCUUAGCUUUGAGAUCACAUCCCCGUCCCAGUGCAACAUCCGCUACUUUGGGGACAGCACUGGGAUCAGUAUGUUGAGCCUUAUCUGGAUUCCCUCAGCAGUGUCAUCAGCCCUGACAGCUACCGUGUCCAGGACUGGUCUGCCCUUUGGAGCAGUCAGGAAUAAACCGCUGUCGUUCCAGCAGAUCAGCCCGGACACAGCGCAGGUUCAUUUGGCCCGUUCAGGGGAGCCAAACAGCCGGAAGAACUUUAUAUUCCACGAGAAAGGGACGGCGAACAUAGCCCUUAACCUAAAGCUGAUACACUCUUGCAAUAUUGUGAAACUCACUUUGCAGCAGGUGGGGGGUCAGGGCGGGCUGGCAGGUCCUGUGGCUCAGCAGGUGUCUGGGUAUAUGCCUGAAGGCAGCCAGUGGGCCAGUAUUGGGCUGAGGGCCUCAUUCCAGGUCCAGAACGGUACAGCUGUGUAUGUUACUCUGGACUGUAUCCGCGGACGAGUUAAUCAGAUAACACACGAGGGAGGCACUAACAUUUCAAUCCUCUGGGUUGCCGUGUGA